GAAGACAUGGAUUGUGAGUAGUAUUCGCACACAUACAUCAUACAUAUAUAUAGCUAUUGCACAAAUGUGAAUAGCUUUUACAAUUCACAUACAAUCAUCGUCAUCAUUAUUAUUACUGUCAAAUACUGUACGGCUACCAUUAUGAAUGAACCUAUGACAGCACCUGCACCACCCAAAACUACAUGGAAACCUGGAAAAGUUAAAGUUGUACGAGCAUUGUAUACAUAUAAAGCACAGCGUGUAGAUGAAUUGUCCUUUGAAGCAGGUGAUCUUCUUUACGUAUACGACAAAGAUGUAGAACCAAAUUGGUGGAGAGCAAAGUGUGGAACUCAAGAGGGUCUUGUUCCUGCUAAUUAUGUUGAAGAACAAACUGAAGAAAUUGAAUUGCCAUUACAUGAUGCUGCAAGACGGGGAAAUCUUUCAUUGUUAAAAGAAUACAUAAAAGAAGGAGUUUCGGGCACAGGUUUAGAUGCAAUGGGUAAUACUUCCCUAUAUUGGGCUGCACGUGCUGGUCAUUUAGACUGUGUAAAAGAGCUUUUAAAAUUACCAAAUUCUGUAGUUAAUGCCCAAAAUAAAAUGGGAGAAACUCCAUUACAUGCAGCAGCAAGUCGUGGACACAUAGACACAGUUAAUUUAUUGUUAAAAUCUGGUGCAGAUCCAAUGAUAAAAAAUAAUGAUGAUUUAAUGCCUGAACAUUUAUCUUCUGAUCUCUCAAUUAAAAAUGCGAUACAAUUAAGUCGACUUCAUUCCAACAAAAUAUAUGGAUACACAGAUGAUGAUUAUAAUGAUGAAAGCGAUUAAAUUUAAUAAAGUAAUAUAUCGUUUUAAUGUGUAUUUUAGAAGGCGUUAAAAAAAAUUAUAGCUAAAUAUUAGGAGUAUAAUAGUACAUUAUGUACAAUAUUAUUAGAAAAAAGUAUUAAAGUUUUUUAUAUUCAUA